ACACACAAUGUCGUAAAAACAAACUUUUAAAAAAGAAAUAUUGUUUGAUCAAUUAUACAAUAUAAUGUACUACAAACAACCACAGGAGUUUUAUGAAGUUAUGUAAUAAUAAUGUACAGCUUUCACCUUAGAGAGAGGACUUCUACAGUAUCAAACACACAAUCAGCAGCUUGUCCAUAAUUUCAUGGAUAAAUGUCCGCUGUUUAGAUAUUAUUUAAAAAAAUCUUGGCUGGCGUUCGACUCAUUCUGCUUCAAUAUGGUGCAGAGUAGCAGUGAAACACUCAAAUUGUUUCGCCAAGUUAGCGACCCGCUUAGUCAUGUUUUUGAUAUUUCUUUCCUUAAUUCAAUGAAUAUAAUCCACUUCUUCUCAGCACUAUAAUUCACACUCACUUUAUUUCUUCCCAUGGUUGGAAAACAAAGAUAUGCUGAUCUCUAGCUAUAAGCUAAUGAUGGCAAGUAAGACCAGGUGUUUUGCUACAUUAACUAGUAGCAGGGAUUAAUGCAAAGUUGUGUACAAACCAUAACAUGAAGUACACCUGCACAAUCCAAACAUUGUGAUAUUUCAUUUCAAAACAAAGCGCCAUAUAGAGAUCUUGUAUUGGAUCGGUUAAAAACUUACUGCCACAAUUUCUUGGUCCUCUUCUUCCUCACUGUGCAUCUCAUGUUGCUCUGAAGAAAUAUUUUAUAGCUUUACUUAGUUUGAAUAAUGCAAACAGAAAAAAACAUCUAGCCACAUAAACCCUGUGCUUACUCUCUGUUUGUGGAUUUAACUUCACACUUUGCUUAUUGCCUCUUGUUUUAUCAGCACUGCAUUUCUGAACCUCACUUUCUGCACUCAUGUCUUCAGUAGUCCCAUCUGCUGCAGCUUCUGGACCACUCUGCCAUCUCUUGCUCAGUUCCCACGUUGAGCACAAUGACUGGACAAUAGUCUUCAUAUCAUCCCAGCAUGGCCAGUGUGGAAGAGUCUCAAACGGAAGGAGAAGGCAGCCCCCAGAUCAUCUCCCUCAGGUCGGAAGCAUCCGCCAACCACGACGGAGACGUGGGGCCGUCCGUGCGGAGGAAGAGGAGGAAGAAGAAGGCGCAGCGUCCAGAGUCCAUCAUCAUCUAUCGGGAGCCUGGCGAGGACCAAGGGGGUGAAGAGGAAGGAGUCGAGAGAAGCUUGGAGGAAGGAGAUAAGUUCCUCUGUACACCCACACACGAAGGUGGAGGCUGGAGCCUUCCCCCAGACAGCCGCUACGUGACGCUGACAGGCACCAUCACGAGAGGCAAGAAGAAGGGUCAGGUGGUGGACAUCCACGUCACCAUGACUGACAAGGAGCUUCGAGAGCUGGCUAAGUCAAAGGAGCGGCUGGACGCAGAGUGCGAGGCCGGGGACGGCUCCAAGCGUGCCUGCAGGUUGGGCGUAUGUCAGGGACCCCACGUUGUCCUGUGGAGCAUCUCCUGCGCCCCCGUGGUCUUCCUCCUCUCCUUCAUCACCUCCUUCUACUACGGCACCCUGACCUGGUACAAUGUCUUCCUGGUGUACAACGAGGAGCGGACAUUCUGGCACAAGAUCACAAUCUGCCCCUUCCUCAUCAUCUUCUACCCUGUGCUCAUCAUGCCCAUGGCGUUGUCUCUGGCGCUCUACGCCGCUGUAGCCCAGGUGUCCUGGGCCCUCAGCGGGUGGUGGCAGGUCGUGAGGGACCUGGAGAAGGGCUUCUGCGGCUGGGCCUGCGCUAAGAUGGGUCUGGAGGACUGCUCCCCCUACAGCAUCAUAGAGCUUCUGGACUCAGACACCAUCUCUGGUACUCUGCAGAGCAAAGCCCUCAGUGAACACGCCCAGACGUCAUCAGUGUAAUAUAGAACGAAACACGGGUCACAUUGCGCGCUUUGGUGAUACACAGGAUUACUUACAGUACUGUGCAAAAGUCUCGGACCACCUUUGCAUUUGUUUUUCUACGUGACUAUUUGUUCAUAUUCAAUUAUGGGGGUUGACUUUUAUACAGUAUUGUAACACACGUUUACUUAAUAUGCAUAAUUGUUGUCUUAAUAUGAUCACUUUUCUCUACACUAUCAUCAAAGUAGAUCUACAGUAUUUCUGUUUAGUGCUCACUUAAAAUGUAUUUAUCACCUUGAAACCUUUCAUUCUCUACUGUUCUGUAUUUAAUUUACUCCUGGAGGGUUUUGUGCUGUAAUUCAAAGCCACGUCGUCCAAAUAACAAGAUAUAUCUUAACAUUGAACUUUCGUAAGAUACACUAUAUUACCAAAAGUAUUUCGCCACCCAUCCAAAUGAUCAGAAUCAGGUGUCCUAAUCACUUGGCCCGGCCACAGGUGUAUAAAAUCAAGCACUUAGGCAUGGAGACUGUUUCUACAAACAUUUGUGAAAGAAUGAGCCGCUCUAAGGAGCUCAGUGAUUUCCAGCGUGGAACUCAGGAACUGUCAUAGGAUGCCACCUGUGCAACAAAUCCAGUUGUGAAAUUUCCUCGCUACUAAAUAUUCCAAAGUCAACUGUCGGCUUUUUUAUUAAAAAAUGAAAGAGUUUAGGAACAACAGCAACUUUGCCACAAAGUGGGAGGAGUGUGAAAUUUAGUGGAGGAGGAAUUAUGGUGUGGGGUUGUUUUUCAGGAGUUGGGCUUGGCCCCUUAGUUCCAGUGAAAGGAACUUUGAAUGCUCCAGGAUACCAAAAUAUUUUGGACAAUUCCAUGCUCCCAACCUUGUGGGAACAGUUUGGAGCGGGCCCCUUCCUCUUCCAACAUGACUGUGCACCAGUGCACAAAGCAAGGUCCAUAAAGACAUGGAUGACAAAGUCUGGUGCGGAUGAACUUGACUGGCCUGCACAGAGUCCUGACCUGAACCCGAUAGAACAGCUUUGGGAUGAACUACAACGGAGACUGAGAGCCAGGCCUUCUCGACCAACAUCAGUGUGUGACCUCACCAAUGCGCUUUUGGAAAAAUGGUGGAACAUUCCUAUAAACACACACCGCAACCUUGUGGACAGCCUUCCCAGAAGAAUUGAAGCUGCAAUAGCUGCAAAAGGUGGACCGACAUCAUAUUGAACCCUAUGGGUUAGGAAUGGGAUGGCACUUCAAGUUCAUAUGUGAGUCAAGGCAGGUGGCCAAAUACUUUUGGCAAUAUAGUGUAUGUUUAUCUUAUUUGUCGGUGUGCGUGAGGAACUUUGUUACCUUCGCCCUAUAUUUUUAGAUUUAUUGUUUGUCAUAUUUAUUGUAUUAUUUAAUUGAAGAAAUUUUAAGAUUUUCUUAAUCUUUAUUUUUAUGUUAAUAUAAAUCAGAUUAUGUCAAAAGCUGACUAAAAUAUAUUUGGCGAAAGUACACUCUAAAUAUUACCACAUAUUGUAGAAAAUGUUUUCAGGCCUUCAGGUUGGAAGUUGUUGCAUUCCAUUCUUUAAGGAUUUUGUUUUUUAAAUAGAAAGGACUCAUUUUUGGCAGCAUAUACAGCCGAUAUAUAGAUAGAUAGAUAGUACUUUAUUGAUUCCUUCAGGAGAGUUCCCUCAGGAAAAUUACAUUUUUUAUUUUUUUUAUUUUUUAUUUUUUUAGAUAGAUAUAUCUACAUUGAUGUGUUAUUUCUGCAAUUCAUAUUAUAUUUUCAUUAAGUAUCUCCACCGAUUUGCUGAUUUAUUCAUAUUCUGAAAGUUAAAGUAUUUGAAAUAUACUUUACAUUAUUGUUGAGUGCUGUAAACUUAAGAUGGGCCACACAUUUUAGUAUAAAAAUAAGCCAAAAUUUUUGAAUGAAAGAAACUGCUGUUCUAAAUGUGUCCACUAGAUGUUGCAAUAGCAAUUCUUUGUAUCUAUGUAGAUGAUGCUACAUAUGUAAAAAAAAUAAACCAAAUGAUGUUAGUUAGUGCACCAGUCGAGGAAAAUGCGCAAACUACAUGAAUAACAUCCUGUAAUUUGAUUUUGAUAUUUUUUUUAUCUUGAUAGAUUGAAAAUGAACACCAAUGAGUUGACUAAUGAAUAUUAUCACAUAAUUUAUUCAGAAAGUAUAAAUAACGACAAAAAAAGAUAGAAUACUAUUAACCCGCAACAUGUAAGUGUAAAAAAAAAAACAGCAACAUUAUAAUUUCUACAUUUUCAGAAUGGGCUUGUUCUAUUUUUAAACAAAGAAAACAAUCUGAAGUUGUCUUUAGUUUUAAGUUAUCGUGCCGUGAUUUUACCAGCUCAGCCCACUUGGGAGUAGAUUUUUCUCCAUGUGGCCCCCGAUCUAAAAUGAGUUUGACACCCCUGAUCAACACCAACUAAAUAAAGGGCCAGUAUCACCAAUGCCGAUUUUACUUGACAUUUUCAAGAUCAUGGAGUCAUUUUGUAAUUUUUGCCUUUAAUUUCUUGAUCUUGAUUAUAGUCAGCAUUACACACAGUACAAAUACUUUAGGCCAACAAAAAAAAAGUAUUAAUAUCGAUGUUAGUAUCGAUCCGCCCACGUUGAGUGUAGAGCAGUGGUCCCCAACCUUUUUGUAGCUGCGGACUGGUCAACGCUUGAAAAUUUGUCCCACGGACCGGGUUGGGGUGGUAUUUUUAUUUUAUUUUUAUUUUUUUUCCAUAAGGAAACACAAUCAGGUGUGCUUACGGACUGUAUCCCUGCAGACUGCAUUGAUCUAUAUUGAUAUAUAAUGUAUAUAUUGUGUUUUUUAUGUUGAUUUAAUAAAAUAAAAAAACAUUUAUUUUUUAUUUUAUUUACUUUUUUUUUUAUUUAAUUUUUUAAAUUU